AAGUAAUUGAAGUAGUUUCGACAUAAUUUGCAAUAAUCGGUGGUACUUUGAAAUACAGGACAAGUGAAUAGCCUUUAAAACACUAUUAUUAAUAUUCAACAUAUUUUGAACCUAUUGUGCAUUGGACAACAGAGCGAGAUAGCGUUUGUUUGAGCAGAUUCUUUUAAACUGUUAAGGAAAGUUUGUCGGGAUGACUGAUAGUGCCAAUAAGGAAGCUCCUUCAGAGCACAUUAACAUCAAAGUGCAAGGACAAGAAGGGUCAAUUAUUCACUUCAAGAUACGGAAAAGCACACCUUUCAAGAAAUUAAUUACUGCUUAUUGCGAUCGACUGGGCGUUAAUCAGUCUGCUGUGCGGUUUUUUUUCGAUGGAAAUAGCGUUCAUGAAACUGAUACUCCUGGCUCGUUGGAAAUGGAAGAAAAUGAUACCGUUGAAGUUUUCCAGGCACAAACUGGUGGAUUGUAACUAAAGAUUACCCCCCAUAACUAUGUAUACAUUUCCCUGUUGUCUAAGUGACAUUCAUAGAUGAUGACUUGUCAAAAUUUCUGCUACGCAUUUUCUUCAAUAUUAUAAUUCUUGAAGAUAUUUUAUUACGCGCUUCUAAUGUGAGUUCCAGGCUCUAUCGUAUUUGGAUGGUAUCUUUUUAUUUCAACAUAUAAUUAGGUAGCCCGUGCUUGAAUACUGGGUUAUGUUACAACUAAUAAUCACCACGUGAAAGCGUAAAGUAUGCGUUAUCACACUUUUCGGGCUUAGUAUGGCAUUGGAAUGAUGCAUGGUGACUUGUUAAAGUCAGUAUUCAAUAGGUAGAGUCUCAUUAUAAUCCACGUCGGUUUGUUGAAGUUUAUGAUCAUGUGGUUUAUAUAUUCGAAAUUAAUUCUUUUAGGACCUGACAGUUCAGUUGAUUGCAAAAGCAACUUAAGGCGGAGUUUUAGAACCUAUUCUUGUUUCUUAAGUUUUGAUACCACUAACCUAACACAUCGAUGACUGCGAGAUUGAGGUAGGUAGUUCUCAUAUGAGUAAGUGCUUUAGACUUUAAAAAGAAUAUGUCAUCCUUUCCAAGGCUUUAUUACCAAACUACUGGGUGUAAUUUCCCCUUUCUCGAUAGACUGGUCUUAUAGGAAACUUGUUCGAAAAGUCGAGUCAAAUUUCCCCAUAACUCGUUCUUUCCUACUAGACAACAUCUGCUCCUAGCAUGGUUAAACAAGGGUAUACCAAACGGGUACAUAUUUACUUAUUUUCAAGUAUUUAGGCCAGAGCUCGUGGUCCGGGCAUGUUAUAGUUACACGUGAAAAGGAUGUAUGUUUGGUCGCUUUACAUUUUACUAGAUAUCUGGUAGCGUUCCAACAUGUGAUACAGUAAAGUGGACUGGCACAAACUGCAUUUGUGUAACGUUUUACAGUUUCUCAACGUGGUCGUCCGGUUUUCUUAUCGGACUUUGAAGCUGGGUGUGGAGGGUCAUCUGAAAAUCGGGAUCGGUGUUGACAUGUAAGUUAGACUCACCAUCCUCUAUUUUAGUUGUUUCUUAGCUUACCUCAUCGUCAGAAGUCUUAAAACGCUAGUUAUUAGAGUACUAACACCAAAGCAAUACAAAGGGAGAAUUAUGCCUGUAUGAAACAUUUGAUAACAAUGGCGCCGUGAAAUCAAUGUGCUUUUGUACAGAACACUUAAGCAUCCUAGAAACCCAUAUGAAGCAGGUAGUUACGUACUACGUCUUUUGAUUGAAAAACAGUACCUCGAAUUGACCCUGAAAUUAGGGAAAAGUAAAGGAGGUUUAUUGAGCAGUAAAAAUAUUUACGCGAUCCUAGAAUUUGUACUUCAACUUUUCACUUAAUGCCUACCUGGUUCUCAGAAGUCCAUUACAUUGGGCUGGUUGGUCCUGUCGCUUGUUACGCUCUCUCGAGGAACUAACAGAAAUUCACAAGCCAAAUAGUCAUCUUAAUAUGCCUGAAGCCAUUGUAUAUGAUGGUUACAUGACGGGGCUCUAAGCACAUAUAAUUCGUAAUAAGAAAAUAAUCGAGCUUACCUAAAUGUAUACUGAAAGGUUGGAGGAUUUAGUGUGAAUAUUAAUAUUCCAAAUAGUCACACCUCACAUCAGUAAUAAGAAUCGUCAACAAAAUGGGCGUAAAUAGGGUAGUUUUAUUAUGUACUGGAAACGAAAUAGAGUGACAUUUGUCUUACAUAAAAUUUUGAAAAAUUUCGCGAUUUGAUGUGAGGCUAGUCGGUUCACAUAAACAUCUCAACUCCAAUUUUUGUUGGUGUAUGUAUGGGUUAGACCAGACAGUGCUUUCCAAGGUAUGCUACGUAUGAAAUAGUGUAGAAGAUUUAUGACUCGGUAGUGUGUCCUUUGAGCUAGAUAGUUUAAAUGUAAAGUUUUCUUCGCGAUUCUGGAAAACAGCGAUUACUUUAUGUAGUUUGUUUUAAAAAAAGUUAUUGUACAAACACUAGGCCAAUCUGUUCCGAUGACCUUGUUCCUGAUACGUCGUCUUCACUCACGUCUGUCACCCCUCGUGAACCGCCGGCCAAGGUUCUCCAACCAUCUCUGCCCUAGGGUCUUUUUUCCAGUUGUUCACAAGUGAUAUUCUUUUGAUGUCUGCCUACGAUUCGCGGCGGGACGUGUUCUUUGGUCAGCUUUUCCUUUCGCCUUCAGGGUUCCACGUUGGGACUUACCUCGUUAUUCAGUUUGGUGGUUUCUGCUACGUGUCUUAUCCCCCUCGCGUUUUUUCCUAAUUUCUUCAGCUGGGAUUUUGUUGUUGAUGGUGUCUGGCCAGUGGGUCUGGACUAUCUUGGGUAGACGACUGUUUACAAAUACAUGUACUUCCCUGAAGGUAGCUGUGGUUGCUCUCCACAUCUCAACUCCGUACAAUAGAUUUGUUUUGAAUAUUCUGAUUUUGGCGUUGGCUUGGAAGUGUUUGGAGUUCCUGAUGUUCGUCACUUAUAGAAAUGCUGCCCUUGUCGGUCCGUGCUUUCAUAUCUGCAUCGAAUUCCCCUCGUUUGUCAGUGUUGCUGCCCAGGUGUGUUGAAGUUUCUGAUUCCAGAUCUUCUCCAUCAAGUGUGAUUUGGCUGGCGCUCACUGUGUUGUAUUUUAGGAACUUUUUCCUUUGUGCAUGUUGAAGCCUACUUUUUAAGAGGCUGCUGCUAUACUAGUUGUCCCCGUCUGCAUUUGUCGGUGUGUAUGGGAUAGAAGGGCUAGGUGAUCUGCAAAUUCUAAAUCGUAUAGUUGCAUACAAGCUGUCUACUGUAUUUAGUGCUUCCCUCAGAUGUCGAGUUCUUCAUAAUCAAAUCAACUACCAGAAGAAAGAGAAAAAGAGAGAUUAAGUAGUCUUGUCUGACUCUGAUCCUCACAUGGAAUAUAUCUGUCGGCUGUCCUCCAUGCAUGACUUCGCAGUGUGGUCUGUUGUAUGAAUUCGUAUGAUAUUGACGAUUUUCUCAAGUACACUAUAGUGCCGAAGAUGGUUCCAUAAGGUCCUAUCCACUCUGUAAAAAGCUUCCUCAUAGUCAAGGAAUUCGAUGUAUAGUCAUGAGUUCCAUUCGAUUGUUUGUUCAGUAAUGAUUCUCGGCUUCCACGUUGGGGCGUCAUAACUCUUAAAUGAAGAUUCUUCAACUCCCUAAGGGUAUCUGGAGUGGGUUUUUUUAUAGUCAGCGCUUUUUUAACAAGGUUACCUUCGUAGGUCUUAUUAUUUUAACAUGGCAUUGUAUACCCGUUUUCUUCGGCUGACCUCUGACUGUAUGUUUUGAUAUUGUAAUGAGAAGGGGGUAUUUACGAUAAUGAUCAUGCAGCGCGUAUUUCGUGUUUACCAAGUCCAAGUAGUUCAUGAGUACUAUUCAUCCCAAGCUGGUAUCCACCGUAUAAUCAGUACAGGUUGGACUGUUGUUUGUCUUUUCUCAUCAAGAAACAAAUUUAACUCAAAAAGUGAAUAGGAAAAUACAAACGAAAGUUUUUCAGCGAUCAUUUCUGAGCGACAGUCUAACUAACCAACCUCAGGUCAUUAUAUUCAUGCAAUCGCAUUAGUUACUAUCUGUAAUAUUUUAUCAAAACCCUUUACUUCAUUCACUCUUUAACUAAAACGUUGAAAAAAUCCAUCCAUCUCAAAGCAAACCACUUUGUUUGUAUAAAAAUUAGCAAUAAAAUAAAAAUAUCUGAUUAUGGCAUUUUGUGAACGUAAAAAAGUGGGAUAGUAGAUAAAACGAUUAAAUAACUUUAAAAUAUUCUCUCAUAGCGCAGUUUUUGUUAGAAUAGCGGAAUACUUGUGUUAAUUAAAGAGCUGUAGCUAUGAAAUAUAUCUUUAGAAAUACUCAUUAACAUGUUUUUAUGAACUGAUUCAUUAUUAACAGCUUUAUUCAUUGUAAAUAAAAUCGUAUUCGAGAUCAUGCUCCUAUAAGCGCCAGUAAUAGACGACGAUAAUCUCUUGACGUUUCAUCCUACAGAGAGUGAGGAAUAAACAAAUUUAUACCGUUUAAUUCUAAUGAGUUACCAUCAAUUGUCUACAAUUGAACCGGUUAAAAAUUUAUAAAAAUAUAAAUUUAAAAUGUUAGUCCCACAUUUAAUUUGAUGAUAAAUUUUACUACACAAGUAAUACAGUAGGGAUUGUUUUUAUAUGUUUGGGUCAGGUAUAAUUUAAUAUCGGUCUAGUUUUCCACUCUUCAUAUCAGCAGAGUGAUAUAAAAAGGUGAAAGGUAACAUAGUCGAAAUGAUAGUAGUUUAUGGGUUUUCUUCAACUACUGGCCUAAGUGUCUGAUUUUUCUUCCAACAUAAAUUCAAGUUACCUGAUAGUAUCUUUAUGUAAGACAAAGACGCACAUCUAUACUCAUUUGGUAGGUAGUGCAGCCUUCUUAUAUUGUCAACUUUCAAAUACGACAAGAACGUUUGAUUCUUUAUUUAUAGUUAGUGAUAAACUUAUUUUGAAGGUGAGGAGCUGCUUACUUUCUGUAAUUCGGUCACGUAUGUAUUUUGUCUUAGUUGAUUAUUUCCAGUCAAUCAGCUAAGUGGACUGAACUCAUACGUUCAUUAUUCAACUUUGAAUUAUGUUCAGUAUUAUUGUUAUGAGAAAACUUGGUGGUGGUUCAGUAGAUUUGACAUUGUCUCCAAAUUCCCCUGUUACGGUUAUGCAUCUGUAGUGCAGCUUUACAAUGUGACAGUUGUGUGACUAAACAGAGUGAGAUUCAAGAGUUAUUGAAUUAUUUUUACGAAUAAUUAGGUACAUAUCAGUAAUCAGGGCAUGAUGAUUGUUAUAGUAGCACUAUACUAACACGGUCAAUUUUGUCGAACAACCCAACUGAAGUACUCGUGGAAUCCAAGUUGAAAACGAGGAUUUACCUAAAGAACAGUCCUAUUGAUAUAAAAUAUAUGUGAAUUAGUUACAAACCCCAACUGAUGAAGCAUCUGUGGGGGUUAAUGUGUCUAUAUCUAUUCGAGAGAUACCGCUUCCUGCUAUCUGUUGCAUCUCGAUAAGAAUAAUGAGUGGUAGUUUUUGGGAUCCAUUUAUGGACCAAUAUUAUAUGUUUUUAUCGUAUAACUGUUUCGUAACUAAACUGUUCAUAUUCAUGCCCCUCUUAUUAUGAGCUUUAUUUUGACCUAUGAACUAUUAUUAAACGAUUUACCAUUCAUAAACUAUUCCCUGUCUGUUAAUCGCUACCUCCCUCAUUCACAGCCACAGCUGGCUAAUUCUUGUACAAAUGUUGUUUCAUAUUUUAUUGGUACGUUGUGGUCGGUUUGAUUGGUAUAUAAACUCAGUAUGCUUGAAAUAUAAUGAUUCAUAUCUC